CAUCUGGAGAGGGCCAAAUGUGAACUGCGUUGACAGUACUGGAUACACUCCACUGCACCAUGCUGCUUUGAAUGGUCAUAAGGAUGUUGUGGAAGUUCUGCUGAGGAACGAUGCACUGACCAACGUAGCAGACUGUAAAGGCUGUUACCCUCUUCACCUGGCAGCUUGGAAAGGAGAUGCCGACAUAGUGAAGCUCCUCAUCCACCAAGGACCUUCUCAUACUAAAGUGAAUGAGCAGAAUGCUCUUGAGAUCAAAGAACUCAAAAAGUACGGCCCCUUUGACCCAUAUAUCAAUGCCAAGGUGUGUACUUUGCUGUCAGCAUUUCACUGCAUCACUACUCCAAGCUGCACUCGCGUGCUUCCAGGUGCAAUGUCAUCCAGUUGCAGUUCUACCUGUUCAGUUUGCAGCUGCUUGGGGGAAAAGUAAAAUGCGACCAUUUAUUUACUGUGGGUUUCUUUCUUCAAAGCAGUUAUAGAAACAUUAUUUAAGGGAAGCUUUUCCUUGCUUUCCU